AUGGGGGAGUACUCCAUGCAGCUGAACGCAUCUCGGAUCAAGGUCCUUCAAGCGCAAGAUGAUUUAGUUAACUCCAUGAAAGAAGAAGCAGCCAAAGAGUUGCUCCGUGUCAGUGGUGACCAUCAUCAUUAUAAAAGGCUUUUGAAAGAGCUCGUUGUUCAGAGUUUGCUUAGAUUGAGAGAACCUAGUGUCUUGUUGCGCUGCCGAGAGGAUGGUGUGCACCUGGUGGAGCAUGUUCUCAAUUCAGCUAAAGAAGAAUAUGCUGAGAAAGCAGAAGUAGACACUCCUGAGGUUAUUGUUGAUAGCAUCCAUCUCCCAGCAGGUCCUAUUCAUCACAAGGCACAUGGUCUUCAUUGCUCUGGAGGUGUCGUUCUGGCUUCUCGAGAUGGCAAAAUUGUGUUUAAGAACACUCUUGAUGCAAGAUUGGAGGUCGCAUUCAGGAAGAAACUUCCUCAGAUCAAAAAA